AUGACGUCUACCAGUCCUCCUGCGCUGACCACAACCUUUACACCACCACCAUCAUGUACUACCGACACAUGGAUGAUUGAGAACCUGUCAGGUACAGAUUACUACACGACAACUGUAACGACCGGCCUCACUGGCUGGUGGCUGAACCUUGGCCCGACGGACUGGAGUACUUGUCUUCCUUCGGGCUAUGUGCAGGCGACUGAUUUUUACUACUCUCCUGGUAUUUGUCCAUCGGGCUAUUGGACUGCUUUUCAAUCAGCCUAUACUUCCAAUGGCGAGGCUGCUGAAACCCAUGCCACCUGCUGUCCAAUGUGA